GAGGAGGAGGAGAAAGAGGAGAGGAGGAGGAGUGCGGGCUGUUACCGGACGGGACUGUAAGCAGAAUCGGAGGGCAGAUUUUCUCCUCCUCGGCCGGGCGGUGGGAGGUGGUGGUGGUCGGUGUUCAGAGAGGAUAAACCGAGCUUGAAGCCACCGGUGGAGGGAACCUGGAGCUCCGUCUGCUGUCGCUGCUGUGACCCCAGACAGCAUCAACAUGGAGCUGGAGAACAUCGUAGCCAACACGGUGCUGCUCAAAGCACGGGAAGGAGGCGGCGGGAACAGAAAAGGAAAGAGUAAGAAAUGGAAGCAGCUGCUGCAGUUCCCCCACAUAAGUCUGUGUGAAGAGCUGCGACAAACCACAGAGAAGGACUACAGCAGCCUCUGUGAGCGGCAGCCGAUCGGACGGUUACUGUUCAGACAGUUCUGCGAGACUCGACCCGAACUGAGGCGCUGCGUCAAGUUCCUGGACGCUGUGGCGGAGUACGAGGUGACACCGGACGAGAAGAGGAAGGAGUGCGGUCAGGAGCUCGUCGACAAAUACUUCAACCCAAAGUCAGAGGACCACGUGCCUGAGGUGGAGGAGGCCAUGAUGGCUCAGUGUGCCGAGAGGCUGCAGCAGGAGGCCUGCAAAGAGCUCUUCAAGGACUGUACCAAAUUGAUCCACGACUACCUGAGCGUGGCGCCGUUCGCAGACUACCUCGACAGCAUGUACUACAACCGGUUCCUGCAGUGGAAGUGGCUGGAGAGGCAGCCGGUGACGAAAAACACAUUCCGACAGUACAGAGUUUUAGGAAAAGGAGGAUUUGGAGAGGUGUGUGCGUGUCAGGUACGGGCCACGGGGAAGAUGUACGCCUGUAAGAAGCUGGAGAAGAAGAGGAUAAAGAAGAGGAAAGGAGAGUCGAUGGCGCUCAACGAGAAACAGAUCCUGGAGAAAGUCAACAGCAGAUUUGUGGUGAGUUUAGCCUACGCCUACGAGACGAAGGACGCUCUGUGCCUCGUGUUGACGCUGAUGAACGGAGGAGACCUGAAGUUUCACAUCUAUCACAUGGGCGACGCGGGUUUCGACGAGAGGAGAGCCGUCUUCUACUCCGCAGAGAUCUGCUGCGGGCUGGAGGACCUGCACCGAGAACGCAUCGUCUACAGAGACCUCAAACCAGAGAACAUCCUGCUGGACGACCACGGCCACAUCCGGAUAUCAGACCUGGGUUUAGCGGUUCAUGUUCCGGAGGGACAGACCAUCAAGGGGCGAGUGGGAACUGUCGGCUACAUGUCUCCGGAGGUGGUGAAAAACGAGCGCUACACCUUCAGCCCGGACUGGUGGGCGCUGGGCUGCCUGCUGUACGAGAUGAUCGAGGGCCAGUCGCCCUUCCAGCAGAGGAAGAAGAAGAUCAAGAGGGAGGAAGUGGAGCGGCUGGUGAGGGAGGUGGAGGAGGAGUACUCCAGCAAGUUCUCCGAGGACGCCAAGUCCCUCUGUAAAAUGCUUCUGGCCAAAGAUCCGGCUGAGAGGCUGGGCUGUCUGGGAGGUGGAGCCUCCGAGGUCAAAGCCCAUCACAUCUUCCGCUCCAUCAACUUCAAACGGCUGGAGGCCGGCAUGCUGCAGGCGCCCUUCAUUCCUGAUCCGCAGGCCAUCUACUGCAAAGACGUCCUGGACAUCGAGCAGUUCUCCACGGUGAAGGGAGUGGAGCUGGAGCCCAAAGACGAGUCCUUCUACAGCAAAGUGUCCACAGGCAGCGUCUCCAUCCCCUGGCAGGACGAGAUGAUCGAGACGGAGUGUUUCGAAGAGCUGAAUGUUUUUUACCAGGACGGGACGGUUCCUCCCGACCUGGACUGGAGAGGGCAGCCGUCUCCUCCACCCAAACAGGGACUCCUGCAGCGGCUGUUUGGCCGACAGGACUGCUGUGGUAACUGCAGCGACAGUGACGAGGAGCCCACCAGGCUGUGACACACACGCACACACACACACACACACACACACAGGAUCUCAUUUGUUUACAACUUUUGCACAUUUGUAUUUUUAAGAUAGUCCUUCUCUAAAUGUCAGAAUGUAUAUUUUCAGCAUAGCCAUAAAGUUUAAUGUUAUUUAAAAUACCGGCUGUCGUCCUGAACGAGAUGAACAGAUGUUUGUUUUGUUUUGUUUUUUUCUCUUUUUCGUCUGAGUUUGUUUGUUUUGUUGCUUUCACACUGAUCCACUCACACGUGUCCAUGUUACUGAUGUGGGAGCUGCCGCAGCUCCACUGGAACAAUCGCCUGCUGUAAAAGUGCCUUGCUGGAGGGCACUGUGACAGUGGUUACUAAGGGAGGACUGAGCAUUCCUCGAUCUCUUUACUUUUGUCCAGGGAAUCAAACCAGUGACUUUCAGCUCAUCGACUGUGACCAACUUCACAUAAAAGCUCUAUUUUUAA